AUCUCGAGAAAAGGCAAAUGGGUACGCUAAACGAAGACUACCUCUUGGUUGCUGCCAUCGAUUUUGGAACUGAAUACUCAGGAUAUGCUUUCUCUACAAGAGAUGAUUACAGCAGAGACCCACUGAAGGUAGCUGCAAACACAUGGGGUGCCGGCAAUCUAAUGUCAUUAAAGACAUCUACAUGUGUUCUUUUUGACAAGAACAAGAAAUUCCAUUCCUUUGGCUUUGAAGCUGAAGACUACUAUUCCGGCUAUGCCCUGGAUGAUGAACAUCACGACUACUACUUCUUCAGAAGAUUCAAAAUGAAACUUUUCGAUAGGAUGCAACUGAAGAGAAAGUUUAUGUUGGAAGAUGAGAUGGGAAAGAAAAUGUCUGCGAUGGAUGUAUUCUCGGCUUGCAUAAAAUACCUGAAGGAUCAUCUAAUGAAAAGAUGUCAGCGGAACUUACCAAACACUAUUGAUAGUCAUAUCCGGUGGGUGCUUACUGUUCCCGCUAUCUGGAAUGAUACCUCAAAACAGUUUAUGAGAGAAGCCGCCAAUAAGGCUGGAAUUAUUGAUGAGCAGUUGAUGAUUGCGCUUGAACCUGAGGCAGCGAGCAUUUAUUGCCAGCAUUUACCUAUGACAAGACUUGGAAUAACUGGUGGAGGUUUUGUUCCAUUUGCCCCGGGCUCAAAAUAUCUUGUAUUUGAUGCUGGAGGUGGCACUGUCGAUAUCACUGUCCAUGAAAUACAGUCGAGUGGUUCUUUGAAAGAACUUUACAAGGCUAAUGGUCGAAACUGGGGAGGCACCUACAUAGACAUAGCGUUCAGAAAUCUUCUUGCUGAUAUUGUAGGGAACGAUGUAAUGGACGACUUCCAAGCAACUCAGAUGAUGGAUUACAUCGACCUUUUCAGAGAAUUUGAGGUAAAGAAGAGAAACUUCAAAAAUGACAUGACAGAGAGGAUCAAUUUUAAAGUACCUAUUGCUCUCAAUGACGACUUCAAGCAGAAAAGGGGUAAGAACAUAAAAGACCACAUAAAGACAAAGCCUCAAUACGACCAGAAAGUGAACUGGAUCGGUGACAAACUUCGCAUGGAAUCAGGUGUUGCAAAAGGCCUUUACGAAGGUGCUUGCGAUAGCGUUGCCCGGCAUUUGAAGUCACUUUUUAGUGAGGGUCAGGUGAAAGAUGUCCAAACCAUUCUGAUGGUUGGCGGGUUUUCGGAAUCCCCAAUACUUCAAGAUAUUAUACGGAAGGCCAUGCCAGACAAAAACAUCAUUAAACCAGCUGACCCAGGUCUUGCUGUGCUUACAGGAGCUGUUAUAUAUGGUCACAAUCCAUCUGUUAUACAUGCAGGGCGUUACACGUACGGAGUCAAGGCGAAAGUCUAUCCAGAGGCCAAGAAAAUCGCUGACUAUGACAAAGAUGUUCUCUGUGCUGACAUAUUCGAUAUAUUUGGUCACCUGAUGUUAUAAUAUGACGAACUCUUUUAGCUGUCGACUUUUUAAAAAGCAAUUGGUAA